AUGAACACCGGGAUCACGGACCCAGAGGCACGCAAGAAGAAGCUUAAUGCGGAGUUGGCCAAUGGCAGGUUGGCCAUGUUUGCCAUUAUCGGUAUGUUCUUCCAAGAUGGUCUCACCGGCUCUGCUUGGGGCGACUGGUCUCUCUACACCGCCUCCCCUCUCCGGGCUUUCGAGGGUGAGCUGGGAGUCCAGGCCCCUGUCGGCUUCUGGGACCCCCUGGGGCUCUCCGCGGACGGCGAUGCGGCCGUCUUCGCGCGUCGGCGUGAGGUGGAGCUGAAGCACGGCAGGAUUUCCAUGUUCGCCACGAUUGGUUACAUCGUGCCGGAGUAUUUCCGCUGGCCCGGUGAGCUCUCCCCGAAGUUGGGUCUGAAGUUCACCGACAUCCCGAAUGGGCUGGCUGCUCUCACGAAGGUGCCUGGCCAGGGUUGGGGUCAGAUCGUGGCCUUCCUGGGAACCUACGAGCUCUUCAUCAACAAGCCUGUCGGCGACGAGCCGGGCAACUACGGCAAGGGCAACUUGGGUCUCGGCUUCCUCGGCUCUGUGGCGGACCCCGAGGCGCGCAAGAAAAAACUGUCUGCGGAGUUGGCAAACGGACGCUUGGCGAUGAUGGCCAUCAUCGGUAUGUUGUUCCAGGACGGACUCACCGGCUCCGCGUGGGGUGAUUGGGCGCUGUACACGGACUCCCCUCUUCGCAGUGGACUGAUGAGACUCACCGGUGAUCAGGCGCCUCUCGGAUUCUGGGACCCACUCGGAUUCUCCAAGGACCUGGACGUCGAGGUCUUCAAGCGCCGUCGUGAGACCGAGAUCAAGCACGGACGCGUGUCCAUGUUCGCGACAAUCGGAUAUAUCGUCCCAGAGUACUUCAAGUUCGAUGGCUACCUGUCUCCGUCCAACAACUUGAAGUUCUCUGACGUCCCCAACGGCCUCAAGGCUAUCUCCGUGGUGCCAAAGGAGGGUUGGGCCCAGAUCUUGGCUUUCGCUGGAUUCUUGGAGCUCGUCGCGAACAAGAAGACAUCCGAGCCGGGCAACUACGGCAAGGGCAACCUUGGUCUGGGAUACCUCGGCUUCGGCAACUCCGUGCAGGACCCAGCCCUGCGCACGAAGAAGCUCAAUGCGGAGUUGGCUAACGACGGACUCACCGGCUCCGCGUGGGGUGACUGGGCCAACUACACGGACUCCCCUCUCCGUGCCUUUGAAGGAGAGCUGGGUGUUCAGGCACCUGUGGGAUUUUGGGAUCCCCUUGGCCUUUCCGCCGAUGGCGACAUGGACACGUUCAAGCGACGAAGGGCCGUCGAGCUGAAGCACGGACGCAUCUGCAUGUUGGCCUGCACCGGCUACAUCAUCCCGGAGUACUUCAGAUGGCCAGGCUACCUGUCUCCGGAAAAGGGCAUCAAGUUUGCCGACAUGCCGCAUGGCAUUGCCGCGAUCUCCAAGGUCCCCCUUGAGGGAUGGCUGCAAAUCGUUCUGUUCAUUGGCCACUACGAGGGCUACUUCUGGCGCCAGGACGGCAAGCGAGCCCCGGGAGACUUUGAGGGCUACGGCUUCCUGGGCGUUGGCAAGAACUUCAUCAUCAAUGUCGACCCAAUCGAGUUCCAGGACGCAGAGGUCAAGAAGACCAAGCUGUCCGCAGAGCUGGCGAACGGACGACUUGCGAUGGUCGCGUUGAUGGCCAUGCUUUUCCAGAACGGCACCGUGGGUUCAACUGGCCCGGCGAUGUGGCUGCCAAGCGCCUAA